AUGAAUAGGAAAGAAAGAGAAAGUAGAUCGCCGGAUCGUAGAAGAUUGCGCGACGAAACCAUUGCUGACAGGGUAGCACGAUCCGCUAGCUGUGGCCAGCACAUCCACCCACAAGCAGCUGCAGCAGCCGCCGCCAUUCCGGCAGUAGGCCGUGGCAAGCACAUCCAUCCACAAGCAGUUGCAGCAGCCGCUGCCAUUCCGUCAGUAGGCCCUGGCCAGCACAUCCAUCCACAAGCAGCUGCAGCAGCCGCCGCCAUUCUGGCAGUAGGCCGUGGCAAGCACAUCCAUCCACAAGCAGCUGCAACAGCCGCCGCCAUUCCGGCAGUAGGCCGUGGCCAGCACAUCCAUCCACAAGCAGUUGCAGCAGCCGCUGCAAUUCCGGCAGUAGGCCGUGGCAAGCACAUCCAUCCACAAGCAGUUGCAGCAGCCGCCGCCAUUCCGGCAGUAGGCCCUGGCCAGCACAUCCAUCCACAAGCAGCUGCAGCAGCCGCCGCCAUUCCGGCAGUAGGCCGUGGCAAGCACAUCCAUCCACAAGCAGUUGCAGCAGCCGCUGCCAUUCCGGCAGUAGGCCGUGGCAAGCACAUCCAUCCACAAGCAGUUGCAGCAGCCGCUGCCAUUCCGGCAGUAGGCCGUGGCAAGCACAUCCAUCCACAAGCAGUUGCAGCAGCCGCUGCCAUUCCGGCAGUAGGCCCUGGCCAGCACAUCCAUCCACAAGCAGCUGCAGCAGCCGCCGUCAUUCCGGCAGUAGGUCCUGGCAAGCACAUCCAUUUACAAGCAGCUGCAGCAGCCGCCGCCAUUCCGGCAGUAGGCCCUGGCCAGCACAUCCAUCCACAAGCAGCUGCAGCAGCCGCCGCCAUUCCGGCAGUAGGCCGUGGCAAGCACAUCCAUCCACAAGCAGUUGCAGCAGCCGCUGCCAUUCCGGCAGUAGGCCGUGGCAAGCACAUCCAUCCACAAGCAGUUGCAGCAGCCGCUGCCAUUCCGGCAGUAGGCCGUGGCAAGCACAUCCAUCCACAAGCAGUUGCAGCAGCCGCUGCCAUUCCGGCAGUAGGCCCUGGCCAGCACAUCCAUCCACAAGCAGCUGCAGCAGCCGCCGUCAUUCCGGCAGUAGGUCCUGGCAAGCACAUCCAUUUACAAGCAGCUGCAGCAGCCGCCGCCAUUCCGGCAGUAGGCCCUGGCCAGCACAUCCAUCCACAAGCAGCUGCAGCCGCCAUUCCGGCAGUAGGCCGUGGCCAGCAGAAUCAUCCACAAGCAGCUGCAGCCGCCAUUCCGGCAGUAGGCCGUGGCCAGCAGAAUCAUCCACAAGCAGCUGCAGCCGCCAUUCCGGCAGUAGGCCGUGGCCAGCACAUCCAUCCACAAGCAGUUGCAGCCGGGCCGGUGCGCCGGGACCAACAUGUUAAGCCACACAUGUUGGUCCUUCAAAACUUAUUUGAUUUCGUGACUGGUGUCCUAAGGUCGGGGGUGACAAUUCGGACUUUUCAAACGGAAGCGGGUUAUACAACAACUUAUUCCAUACAAGGUGAUGAAUAUGUGGCACGCUACCACUCCAUUCGUAACUUCGUGGCAGACAACAAGCGCGAGGCCGGUACCAUGUUCCUUAAUCAUUUGAUUGAUGUUGGAGCGGUGGUAAUGAAUGGCCCCAUUAUCACCGCAGGCCCAAAUUUCCUACGCUACGUAGAGUAUCUGGAUCUUGGCAGAUUUGGAUACUACAACGUUCACAAUGCACGUUGUGGUGUCGAGCACCAUCUUGGUGAGGGAAAUUUCACAUUCCUACAAACUGGAGGACCGGGACGCUAUAUCUGCUCGCUACAAUUCCCAAUAUAUGGGCCAAAUCUGCUGAUAGAGUUCACCGUCUUGCUGAAACCAGGAAAGAAGCAAGAAAUCUUGCCUUCCUCGCGUUUGCCCAUGAAUUAUUUGCCGCAAGAAUAAUUCUUGAGGCACCCCAAGCCGUGUAUGAACUUCCAGCUGGACUCGAAGCAAUGCCACAGCGCGUGUACGGCGCGUGAAUCCUUCCUGCUCCUGAUGCCGAGGAUAUGUCAACUUCUAAGGGAUUGCUCUCCCCCCCCCCCGCUCCUCCUCCUCCUCCUCCAUCCACUCUCUUCAUCUAUAGGCAAUUCCACGUGUUUAUAUCGACGUCGGCGAAUAGUCUAGAUCUCGUUCGUCUUCAUCUUAUUGAGUCGCCCAUCAUCAUCAUCGCCCACCCCAUGGUACUACUACAACAACAACAACAACAACAACAAGUCAACAUCCACAACAUACUCGGGGAUAUAUAUGGGCAAAUAAAAAAGCGAGACAGGAGAGAGAGAGCGAGAGAGAGGGAGAGAGAGAGUCCCAUGUAUAAAUAAGGCCGCACAGCUGAGCAACCAGCGAAUAUAAAUACAAAUAUUCUCGAGAAAAACGUCAAACGCGCCAGCAGAGAGAUCCAUCAGUCACAAUCACUCGCCCUGUCCAUUGUAGUAUGUGCAUAUAUACGCCGUUUGAAUUUUCCAGUGGCAGGAGGGGGAAAAGAAAUAAUCAAAAUAAAAAAUAAAAAAAUAAAGUAAAAAAAAAAAGAAGCUAUGUCGGCUCUUUUUUUCCCCACGAUGGCAUCGGGCCAUAUCAUUAUCCAGUUCAAUAGUUACAUUGAGAUAUAGACGCCUCGGAAUGAUGGUGAAGUUUUGGCAUGGCGUCAAAGACAAAAAAGACGUUUGCAGCGAACGAAUAGCACCGAGCUGACGAGAGAGAAUCGAACAACACGGGCCCUGCUGCUGUUGAUUGGAAAAAAAAAGAAACGACGCCAACGACGCAGGGUAUAUAGAUAGAUCACGGCCUACUCUAUGGUUAAGGCCUGUAGACUUGUAUCUACUGCUAUGAAGGUGAGAGGUGUGGCCAAAUCCCCUAUCCUUGCCCGGGCAAGAGCCAAUCAGAAAAAAUAUCGAGGCUGAAACUUCGCCAUCUGGUGUUUCAAGAUGCAAAUCUCGUUGUAAAGUAAAUAAUUUUCCACUUUUUCGUACUAAGUUCAAUAGCAGUUGUUUAGGAAAACGACUAAAUAGGGUAGAACUACAUUCCAUAAUUUCCGCAAAAUUAUUCUAAUCAAUUACUCCGUGAAACACAACCUUUUUCAUAAACUGUAAAUAAAAAAAUCUUCCUCUCGAUCUGGA